CCCAGGCAUCAUGUGAUACCUCUGGGAUUCCAGACUGAGUAAUGGAGCGCCACAGAGAUCCAUUGUGUGACAUCAAUAGAACAAGUGUUUGCACCCUUAAAACUAAAAAACCCAGUCCAGAAGAUUCUCGCUUUGAGGGAAAUGAGAAACAGACAACAUGCACAGCAGCGACAAUAGAGGAAGUUGGGAGUUUCAUCCUGAGGACACCUUAACAGAGGACACUGGUAAUUUUCCAUCUACUUUGGCCCAGGUGAACUUCAGUGGGCAAAAAAAGGCAGGUUCCGCUGUGGAUGUCCCAGGUCUGGCUUAUAGGAAUGAAGAUAUAAUGUCAGAGAGUUGGAGGAAACACAGGAAGCAUGUUUUUGUGCUGAGCGAGGCAGGGAAGCCCAUCUACUCACGCUAUGGGAACGAGGAGGCCCUCUCCUCCGCCAUGGGUGUCAUGAUGGCGCUGGUCUCCUUUGUCCAGGCUGGAGGCAACAUGAUUCAGUCUAUUUUUUCAGAUGAGCACACGGUGGUCUUUUUGCAGAAGGGUCCACUGGUGUUUGUAUCCGUUUCUGCCACUCGCCAGUCUGAACAGCAGCUGCGCAGCGAGCUCCUCCAUGUUUAUCAUCAGAUAGUCAGCAUGCUCACGCAGGCCAGCAUAAACCGCAUCUUUGAGCGCCGCAAGAAUUUCGAUCUGCGGCGUCUGCUGUUUGGCUCGGAGAAGGUUCUGGACGGCCUCCUCGAUGUCAUGGACUCUGAUCCCAGCUUCUUGCUGUCAGCUGUCCAAUGCCUGCCUCUACCCUCCUCUUCCAGAGACGCCCUCAGUCACAUCCUACAGAAAGCCAUCACCCCGGAUCUGGUCUUCUCUUUUCUCAUUUCCAAUAACCGACUUGUCUCCGUCGUUCAAGAGAAGACGGUCCUGGAGGAUGCUAGACUAAAACCCAGUGACCUUCAUCUUCUCUUUAACAUGAUCAGGGCCUCUGCUUUUCAGGCUGGAGAGAUAUGGACACCCAUCUGCCUGCCUCUGUUCAAUCCCGACUGCUACUUUUAUGCUUAUGUGGCAUAUCUAGACCCUCCGGAAUGUACUGUAUGCCUUGUUCUUUUGUCUACAGACAAAGAAGCGUUUUAUGCUGUGGCAGAGUGCAAAAGGAAAAUUGAGGAAGCUUUCGCAUCCCAGAAUGCUUUGCAGUGGGUGGCAAACACUCAAUUAUACUACGCUAAUGAUAUCGGUGUAGCUAAUCUCAAGCACUUCCUUUACAAGCCCUCAAAAGUGCUAGACCACUAUCGCCAGCUGCCACAGUUCACAUGCCCAGAGAUGGAGGUGGGAUACAGAAGCCAGCAAGAGAGGAUACGUCUGCUGGAUCUCUAUCGUAACAUGUACAAUCGUAUCCACUGUUCAUCACGACCACUUAAACUCAUCUACCACUCUGCAGGCAAAGAAACUCUGCUGGCAUGGGUCACUAGCAAGUUUGAAAUGUUCGCCUGCUUUACUCCGCUCGUCACUAAGAAAUCAGCUAUCAGUGAACUCACUAAACUGCUGCGAUGGCUCAAAAAGGAAGAGGACCGUCUCUUUAUUUGUCAACUCCCAAGAUACUCCACUGCCCUGCACCCCGGCAGGAGCUCCACAGACAGACCGAAUACAUCAGACACUGGACUUCUCUCUCUCUUGUAACUUUGAGUAGCUAAACGGCCAACAGUAGCGUGCACGUGUUUUACGUGUUAACAAAUACGUAUAUGCGGGGUGGUUCUAGGGUGAGUGGAGAUCCGGGGCUUAGCCCAGAAAAAUCCAUGUAUGUGACUUUUUAUUUUAUGAAUCAGAAAGAUUUACCUUGUUUAAAAUAUACAAAAACAAUAAAAACAAAAACAAAUUUAAAACAUUUUAUUUAAAGUAUUGAGGAAAAUACAUUUGCUUUUUGCAAACAAAAAUCAAGAAUUGCAAAACAAAUGAAACAGCGCGAAAGCAAUAAUUUUGCAAUACAUAUUUUCCAUGGUCAUAUCUAUUAAUUUAUUUGCAACGCUGCUUUUAUUUUGGGUGUCAGUCUAGUUUGAGCCUACCAUAACAUUUUUCCUUUGCGCUUCACUUUUCUGCACGUCUCUCUUUGUGGCACUGUUUUGACAUGGGGGCGGAGUCAAUGGACGGGGGCGUGUACAACAUGCCUCCAUGGAAGUGACAUCAUCCGCCCGAGACGCAGCUCAGCUCACAGAUCCAGGUCCUGUCGUGAUGAGCAGAGACUUUUGAGUGGAUUGUUUAUUUUUAUUCAGUAGCAUUAAAACAUUAAUGUUUUUGUUUUAUUUACUUUAUUAACAAAUGUAUGUGUAUUAGCAGCGUUUGCUCAAGUUAAAGAAGUUGUUAACAUGAACAUCUGCUGUUUAUUUCUCUCGAUGUGCACACUUUUGUGUAUUGGGAUCGCAAAUCAUUUGAGUCAGUUCGGGAGUUCGUAGGGGGUUCGCGAAUCAUUUGAGUCAUUUCGGGAGUUCGUAGCGGGAUCGCGAAUCAUUUGAGUCAAUUUGGGGAUCGCGAAUCAUUUGAAUAAGUUCGGGAGUUCGUAGCGGGAUCGCGAAUCACUUGAGUCAUUUGACUUCCAGUUUGGGAGUUGGAGCGGGAUCGCAAAUCAUUUGAGUCAGUUCGGGAGUUCGUAAAGGGAUCGCGAAUCAUUUGAGUCAUCUGAAUCCAGUUUGGGAGUUGGAGCGGGAUCGCGA